AUGUCAAGUUCGGAACAAAUUGCAAAGAAUGCCCGUCGAGCAGGUAACAUCUUGAAGACAAUUAGCGAUGAAAACCGUUCAAAAGUGCUAUACAAGAUUCAUGACGAAUUGAAGGAAAAUGCUUCUUCUAUUGAGAAAGCCAACAAGCUUGAUUUGCAGGCAGCUGCCGAAAGUGGAUUGGCACAAUCCUUGAUGAAGAGGUUGGACCUUUUCAAGGGAGAUAAAUUCGAUACUAUGUUGCAGGGCAUCAAAGAUGUCGCCGAACUUGAGGAUCCAGUCGGUAAAUUGAAGCUCGCUAGACAGCUUGACGAGGAUCUUGUGUUGUAUCAGGUUACUGCACCAGUUGGUGUUCUGCUGGUGAUUUUUGAAUCUCGUCCAGAAGUCAUUGCUAAUAUCACCGCCUUGGCUAUCAAAUCGGGAAACGCUGGGAUUCUCAAGGGUGGUAAGGAGUCUGUGAAUACCUUCAGAGAGAUGGCCCGCGUUAUAAACAGUACGAUUGCUAAAUACGAGAAAGAUACGGGCGUUCCAGUGGGCUCGGUUCAGCUGAUAGAGACGAGAGAGGAUGUAUCUGGCCUGUUGACGCAGGAUGAAUACAUCGACCUGGUUGUGCCACGGGGCUCGAAUGCUCUUGUUAGAAAGAUCAAGGCUUCCACGAAGAUUCCUGUGUUGGGACAUGCCGACGGGAUCUGUUCUAUAUAUUUAGAUGCGGAUGCUGAUCUUGAAAAGGCGAAAAGAAUUACGUUGGAUGCAAAGACAAACUACCCUGCUGGUUGCAACGCGAUGGAGACUCUGUUGGUCAACCCCAAGCUAGCAAAGUGGUGGAAGGUCUUGGAGCACUUGAGCCGCAAAGGUGAUGUCACUCUUCAUUUGGCGAGUGACGUGAAAGAGGCGUAUGUUGAGAAGCUGAAAGAGGAAAAUGCCUUUGACGAAGAAGUCAGGUCCAAGAUUGUAGAUGUUGAUGAAUCUACGGAUUUUGAUCGCGAGUUCCUAUCAUUGGAUUGUGCUGUCAAAUUCGUCGAGUCGACAAAGGAAGCUGUGGAACACAUUAAUCACCAUUCCUCCAAACACACAGAUGCCAUCAUCACUGAAAAUGAAGCGCAUGCCGAGCUAUUUCUAAAGGGUAUUGAUUCUGCAGGUGUCUACUGGAACGCAUCUACAAGGUUUGCCGAUGGAUUCAGAUAUGGAUUUGGCACGGAAGUCGGAAUUUCAACGUCAAAGAUCCAUGCUCGUGGUCCAGUCGGUUUAGAUGGCUUAGUCACCUAUCAAUAUCAAAUUAGAGGUACAGGCCAAGUCGCCAGCGACUACUUGGGCGCUGGCGGUAAGAGAGCAUUCGUCCACAAGGACUUAGACAUCAGCCAGAUGACUAUAUAG